GUUAAAGAUUUGUCUGUACGCAUCCUCCUGUGCCUCGCGCUGUGUCGCUGUGGCGUCGCCGGUCCGGUCGGAGCGCGUGAAUCGCCUUUGAGCCUCACAGGAACGACGUGCAACGCGCUCGCGCGCUCCCUGCUCUGGAACGUGUCCACGGUGCUCGCGAUGGACCACUUGUUCAGCGGGUUCGACUGCACACAGCAAAACGCAAAGGUGCACCUCAGGACGCAAACGGUGGCUACCUGCACCCCGCAGAACGCCGACUGCGCUCACAGCACUGUCCGUAAUAUUGAUGAGAAUGAAUGCCUGAAGAGAAUUCUAGAAGAUCUCCACUACUAUCGGGAAACAUUUCAAGCCUACUCGAACCCAGAGCUCACCAAAACCGUCGUCAGAAGCAUUGAUGACCUCAUGCAGAACUGUUUCUCUGUCUCUGUAAUGGACAACUCUCCGGCAGAGGUGCCCAUGGAUCAUCAAAACUCUUUUCAAGAGCGACUUAAGCUGUGCAAAGUCCUAAAGGGUUUCAACCUUCGGACAAUAACAAUAAAUCGAGUUUUCAACUACAUUUUGGCAAAAUAGCAAGCUAGCAGUUGUCGCCGGCCGAGUCAUUUUAGUUUACUGUUUCUAAAAGGAAUGAUUAUUUAUUAUUACGUUAUUUAUUGUAUUUAAGCAUUAUUUAUUUACGCAGUAAUUUAUGAACUUUUGAUUUGUUUCUUGCUGUUUUAUUAAA